AUGGCGAGCGUUUUAACGGAUGAACGAUCUACAGAUGGAGACUUGUUUGCUCAGCAAAGAUCAAACACCUCGGGAUCUACGACUUCUUCAACCGGUAAUGAAAAAGUGAAAGUGUUCCAUGAAAUGGCGCAUGGUAAAAAUGAACAGUCAGAUGGGGUUUCCUCAGAUGCCGACAGUGAUGAUGCAUUGAUCAGAAGUAUGGGCUACAAGCCGGUACUUCACCGGACCUUUAAGUUCUUUGAAAGCUUUGCGGCUAGCUUUGCUGCCAUGGAUGUUGUCAGCGGAGUUCGUCUUACAUUUAGUUAUGGUGUCACAUUUGGUGGACCGGCUGCUUACUGGGUGAGUAUGCUGGUCACAGGUGUGUGCUCUACAAUUACCGCUGCCUCUUUGGCUGAAUUCUGUUCUGCCUUACCCACGUCUGGAUCCGUUUAUCUGUGGGCUGCUGAAGCAGGUGGACCCCAACUUGGACGCUUUUUCAGCUUUUUGGUUGCUUGGUGGUCCACUACUGCGUGGACAACUUUUGUUGCCUCGACUGCUCAGUCUUGUGUAAACUUUAUUUUUGGCGAAGUUAGCACUUUCGGAAACAGUUGGUCGACAGACGAUUCUAACGUUAAAUUUCGUGCAGUCCAAUGGAUCGUUGCUGAAGUUGUUUUAAUCCCACCACGGUACUACAGAUGGGUCUUUAAACUUUCCAUGAUUCUGAUCUUUGUUGAUUAUAUACUAAAUUUGAUUUGGCUUCCCAUCGCCACCUCUAGAAAAAGCCAUGGAUUCCAAUCCGCCAAAUGGGUCUUUACUGAGACCAUCUACGAUCAAGCCGGCUACAGCAAAGAAGUGUAUGAUUCAAGUGGAAACGUCGAUACCAACUUGUCCAAGCUUGUUCCCAGAGGCUGGCAGUGGUGUCUUGCUUAUUUUGCGUCUGCUGGUGUAAUCGUCGGCUAUGAUGCUUCGGGACACAUCGCUGAAGAGACCAAAGAUGCCUCUAAUAAAGCUGCUCGAGGAAUCUUCUUUUCCGCCUUUACAUCCUCGAUUGUAGCUUUUAGUCUUACGAUUCUCUUUUUAUUCUGUUGUCCUCCACUAGAUACCUUUAACGAUAUUAUGUACAAUACGGCUUCACCUCAACCGUUUGUCAAUUUUUAUUCCUAUGUGUUGGGACGCGGAGGUCAUGUUAUCAUGAAUGUGAUCAUUAUUCUUGAGUUAUUUUUGAAUGCCGUGAUUGGUGUGUUAGCCUGUAGUCGCUUGGUAUUCGGCGUCUCUCGCGAUGGUGUCUUGCCUUUCUCUGGCUGGAUCAGUCAGGUAAGUAAAGAAGGACAACCAAAAAAUGCUAUUACGGUAAUUUACAUUGUUUCCGCUUUGCUUCUUUGUACCAUAUUGCCCAGUUCAGUUGCCUUCUCUUCCCUUGUUUCCGCAGCUGGUGCACCCAGUUUUGCUUGCUAUGCUCUUCUUGCUUUUGGCCGUUUGUUCAUUACCCGUGAUAAAUUCCCUAAAGGUAAAUGGUCUCUGGGAAUCUUUAGCAAACCCUUCAUGGUUGUUUCUCUUGUUUACAACUCAUUCGUAUUUAUUAUCAACAUUUCUCCUUAUUCUUAUCCUGUUACUGGUUCGAAUUUCAAUUAUGCCAUUGUCAUUACAGGAGCUGUCUCUAUAUUUGCAGUCAUAUGCACCUUAGUGAUCCCACGUUCUCGAUGGAUUGCUAAUCGCUAUCGAUAUGACCAAAGCAUAUCUUCCAACGCCAAGUAUGAAAAAUAA